CUCCGCAUCUGCAUCGCCAUAGCCAGCAGUAAUUAUCUCAAGGCUAGGAUUCUCCCAUCGGUCAUGAUGCAUCUCGCCCUUAUAAGCACCUUGAUUCUGGGUGCUGCCCUCAAUGUUGUUGGUCUCAAGAUCAAUACAACACGCCACGAAGCCCCUAUUGUGAGAGGUAACCCUACCGACGUCUACUACGAGGUCUCCUUGCUGUACAAGACAUCGACGAAAGUACGUGGAUGGCUCAUUGGUACUCCAUCUAAGGAUGGCGUUGGGGUCGAGAUCCGUGCCAAUUUCUGGGGUUUCCCAGAUGAGGGCCCUUACCAAUAUCAUAUCCACGAAGCACCCAUCCCAGCAAAUGGAGAUUGCGCUGCUGCCGGCCCUCACCUUGACCCCUACAAACGGGGCGAGACUCCACCGUGCGAUAUCGAUGCACCUGAAAGUUGCCAGGUGGGAGAUCUAAGUGGAAAGCACGGUCCUAUCUGGAUCGCUCCUGGCGAGGCAUUCGUGGUCAAGUACACGGACUUCUUUCUAUCGACCAGUCCCGCGAAUCCUGCAUACUUUGGGAACCGGUCCAUCGUCCUUCAUACUGCGAAUGGCACCCGGCUCAAUUGCGGAAACUUUAGGGAGGAUCCUUCCAAUUGCUGCCGAGGCAAUCACUGAGACACCUAAACCUCCGACUGCUUCUAUAACUUCACCAAUGUCCUUUCUCAGCGCCGCUCCGACCCACGCUGUGGAAUUCUCAACAAGUGUGAUGUUGGCAACGAUCGUUGCGUUCAUGCUGUAGAAAGAUGACAUUCAUUGUUGAUAUGCGACCUGAAUUGGUAUCUUCGAAGACACAUUGCACUGCCGUGAUGGAUUUCCUACGGUGGUUCCGAUUGAAUCCUGUUCAAUGUAAUCACGCAAGAACCUUAUUCUUUCGUUAAUACCUGCUUAGUUCCACUGUACUGAUAGCAAAG